AUGCAGUCGAGAGAAGCAUCGCACGCGGGCUCGUGGUACUCUGAUAGCAAAACCACCUUGACCCGUCAACUGGACCAGUGGCUUGGUCAAGUACCCAACACGAUCGAUGGCAUCGGUGACUUGCCUGUGCCUGGCUCCCGAGUGAUUAUUGCCCCGCAUGCGGGCUAUGCCUACUCCGGGCCAUGUGCGGCCUAUGCAUACAAGGCUCUGGACCUAUCUCAGGCCAAGCGGAUCUUUAUUCUUGGACCCUCACAUCACCAUUAUCUUUCAACGCUUGCCGUCCCUCAGCUUACCUCGUACUAUACCCCGCUCUCCGACGAACCCCUACCGCUGGACACUGAGCUUAUCAGCCAGCUUCUUUCAACAAAAGCAGUGAAACCAAAUGGCUCGACUGUUAGCUUUACCACCAUGACACGCUCAAUCGACGAGGAUGAGCAUAGUAUUGAGCUUCAUUUACCUUAUAUCCACCGUCUACUGCAGCUUCAACACCCGACCAAGCGGACAUCAGAAUAUCCGCUUUUGGUGCCCAUCCUAGUCGGAAGUACUUCAACCACGACGGAGAAGGCAUUCGGUGCCCUCCUUGCCCCGUAUCUGGAAGAUCCCACCAAUGCUUUCAUCAUCAGCUCGGAUUUCUGCCACUGGGGCUCGCGGUUCAGUUACACGUACUACGUCCCCCAGGCUCCCAAACCUGGGCCAAAGCUUCCCCUCUCCGCCAAUGCGUUACCACAACCAGGUGAGAAACCCGAUGAAUUCGAGGAGAGCGUCGAGCAAGUAUCCGCUGGUCAUGCUCUCCAGCGACGAGACCGCAUAUCGAGUCGCGAGCCAGCAAUUCAUGAGAGCAUCUCCGCAUUCGACAUUGCCACAAUGGCUGCCAUAGCUACGGGAGAGACCGAGAAUUUCCUUGAUGUCAUUCAGAGAACCGGGAAUACAGUAUGCGGUCGGCACCCUAUCGGAGUUAUCAUGGCCGCCAUCGAAGAGACUGCAGCCCGGGAAGAUGGGAAGAAGGGCAUGUUUCAUUUCAUUCGAUAUGAACGUAGCUCAGAUGCAGUGGAUGUGACCGAUAGCUCUGUGAGCUAUGUCUCAGCAUUUGCCAUUCUAUAG